UGCGUAGUAAGGGUGGAGACGCAGGUAGCGUGACACGGUCGCAGUUUCCAAAACAAACAAGACCCAACAGUUUUGGGCGCGACGUGGUUCACUUGCUUUCUCUCCCUCUCAUCUCCGAAGAAGAAUGCGACGCAGAAGCGCUUCCCAGCGGAAGAGACAACCCUCAACUUCAGAAGAUCAAACUGGAGCCCAACAAAACUCAGAAGAUGGAAACAAAUUUCAAUCACCUAGUGAUAAUGGAGCACUGACCGAAAUAUCUCGAGAGGCUGUUGGAAAGCUUCUACGCCGUGCUAAUAAAGUUGGCACUUCCCGGAGAAAAAAGACUGCUGAGUUUGAGCCUGAACAAAAUGGAACCCAAGUCUUGGAUCCAAUGCUUCAACCAAAAACUUCAGAGGUUGGACAUUGUAGUAGAAAUCCCUCGGGAAAUGCUUCUGCUGGGGAGAAAUGUAGUAGUUCGGGUGAGGACCACUUGGAUAACAAGGAAGAGCUGGAUGACUCCGAUUGGGAAGAUGGUGUAGUUGCCAGGGAUGAUCAUCCUGUAACCAUUGAAUUGAAUAUGACCCCUAAUUCAACUGUUAAGAAACAAGUCCGACGAGCUUCUGCCGAGGAUAAGGAGUUGGCUGAACUUGUACACAAGGUCCAUUUACUCUGUUUACUCGCACGAGGAAGAUUAAUUGACAAUGCUUGUGAUGAUCCUCUUAUUCAGGCUUCGCUGCUUUCUCUACUUCCAGCACACUUGCUCCAGCUAUCAAAUGUUGAAAAACUCACUUCAAAAGAUCUAUAUCCUUUAAUAUCAUGGUUCCACAACAAUUUCCAUGUUAAAAACAGUACGAGUCGAGAAACUUCACCAUGCUUUGGUUUGGCAUCAGCUUUAGAAUUACACGAGGGCAGUCCUGAAGAGAUUGCAGCAUUAUCAGUGGCUCUAUUAAGAGCUUUAAAUCUUACAGCCAGGUUUGUGUCCGUUUUGAAUGUUUCUCCUCUUAAACCGUUUCAAGUUGCAAGCGGAUCUAGUUGUGGGAUAUUUAAAACUUCUACACCAAUGAUAUCUAAGCGAAAAUUGGAUUUUAAAUCACCUCAAGAAGCAUUAUCUUGUAGUGAGAGAGAGAAUGCAUGUGAAAGUUCUCUUGCCCAUUCUCAGAAAAGUAAGAAAUGUCGUGUGACAAAGCACAUGGAUCAGUCUAGAGAUCCUCCUAUUGUUGAAGUGAGAAAUGAUAGUGCUGCAAAAUCGAAAGCUUCUGAGACGCAAGAUAGUAACCUGGAAUCGUGUCUCACUGACAAAUCUCGUAAGUCAAAGAGGAAAGGAGAUCUUGAAUUUGAUAUGCAGUUGGAAAUGGCUCUUUCUGCUACAGCCGUUGAAUCUGAGGAGAGUAAAAACAAGUCAGCUGCAAAUCCUGAGUCUUCGUGUUUUUCUUGUCCAUCCAAAAGAGUGAAAAGGGUUACCGUUGAAGAAUCAUCAACCUCCUCCCAAGUAAUUUCUACAGCAAUUGGAUCAAUGAAAGUAGGAUCCCCUCUGUAUUGGGCAGAAGUAUAUUGCAGUGAAGAAAAUUUGACAGGAAAGUGGGUGCAUGUUGAUGCUGUGAAUUUGAUUAUUGAUGGAGAGGACAAGGUUGAAGCCAUGGUGGCGGCAUGCAAAACAUCUUUGAGAUAUGUUGUUGCCUUUGCUGGGCAAGGGGCCAAAGAUGUGACCCGCAGGUAUUGUAUGAAGUGGUACAAGAUAGCAUCACAUCGAGUCAAUUCAACAUGGUGGGAUCCGGUGUUGGCACCAUUGAGAGACUUGGAGUCGGGAGCAACUGGAGGUGUGAAUGAUUUAAGAAAAAGCCAAAUCAUUUCUAAGCAAUCCGACACGAGGGAUUCUUUUGUCCCUACUAGGAGCUCUAUUGAGGAUAUUGAGUUGGAAACUAGAGCAUUUACUGAACCUCUUCCUACCAAUCAGCAGGCCUACAAAAGUCACCCACUUUAUGCCAUAGAAAAAUGGCUUACAAGGUAUCAAGUACUUCAUCCAAAGGGUCCAAUACUGGGAUUUUGUUCAGGUCACCCAGUUUAUCCUAGGACUUGCGUGCAAACAGUUAAGACAAAAGAGAGGUGGCUGCGAGAAGGGCUUCAAGUUAAACCAAAUGAAUAUCCUGUGAAGGAGCUUCAACGUUCCAUAAAGCCUCAAAAAGUACAAGAUUCUGAAGCGGAUGACUAUGGCUGCAGUGAUUCUAUGGACAAAAUCAAACUUUAUGGGAAGUGGCAACUGGAACCGUUAAAUUUGCCUCAUGCGGUGAAUGGGAUAGUUCCCAGGAAUGAACGAGGUCAAGUAGAUGUUUGGUCUGAAAAAUGUCUUCCACCAGGGACUGUACACUUAAGGUUUCCAAAGGCCUUUUCUGUUGCCAAGAGACUCGAAAUUGAUUAUGCGCCUGCUAUGGUUGGUUUUGAAUUCAAAAAUGGUCGUUCAUAUCCUGUCUUUGAUGGUAUUGUGGUGUGUUCCGAGUUCAAGGAUGUACUGCUAGAGGCUUAUGCAGAGGAAGAAGAAAGGCGACAAGCAGAAGAAAAGAAAAGGGAUGAAACACAGGCUCUUAGUCGGUGGUACCAACUUCUUUCGUCUAUUGUAACUCGUCAAAGGUUAAAUAAUCGUUAUAUUAGUAACAGUUUGCCUUCAGAGAUGCCAACUAGUGGCCAAUGUAUGAACAAUGAGUCAAUUACCAUAGUUGGUGAGAGUUAUGACAAGAAUCAUAACGUAAGACACCAACAACAGGUGGAGCAAUGUGAUACUACUAGUGUUGUUGAUGCAUCAUUAAGCACUCCUGUAAAAGAUCACGAGCAUGUGUUUUUGAAAGAGUUUGAGAGCUUUGACAGCGAAACCUCUCUAUUGACAAAGCGAUGUCAGUGUGGAUUUUCGGUACAAGUUGAAGAAUUAUAGUAUUCGUUAGAAGAUAACUUCAUGCUUAGAUCUUAAUUCUCUGUCCAUGGUGCUACAAUCAACGCAAGACAUUUUUUCCCCUUCA